AUGGCCGAUACGCUCUCCGAAAACCCACCAUCACCACCACAACAACAACAACCCUCCCCUCCCUCCACCGCAACCACCGCAACCACCGCAACCACUAAUACCCCCUCGUCCUCCCCCACCUCCAUCCGCAUCCUCACCCUCAACUGCUGGGGCCUCAAAUACAUCGCCAAACUGCGGCAUGAGCGCCUCACCGAGAUCGGCCGACGGCUGGCCAUCGCCACCCCACCCCCCGAGAUCGUCGGGCUGCAAGAAUGCUGGACGCAGGCGGACUACGAGAGCAUCCGGCAGCAGACGCGACACAUCCUGCCGUACGGCAAGUUCUACCACGGCGGGAUCUGGGGCGCGGGGCUGGCGAUCCUGUCGCGGUGGCCGAUCGAGGAGAGCAGCAUGGUGGGGUACCCGCUGAACGGGCGGCCGACGGCCUUCUUCCGCGGAGACUGGUACGUGGGGAAAGGGGUGGCGUGCGCGCGCGUGCGGUUUGGGAAUGCCCCCCAGGAAGUGGCCGAGGUGUUCUGCACGCACCUGCACGCGCCGUACGAGCGCGAGCCCAACGACUCGUACAUCUGCCACCGGACGGCGCAGGCGUGGGAGAUCGCCAAGCUGAUGCGCGGCGCUGCCGAGCGCGGCCACCUCGUCAUCGGCCUGGGCGACUUCAACAUGCUCCCGUCAUCCUUCGCGCACCGUCUCAUCCAGGCCCACAGCCCCGUCCGCGACGUCUGGCAGGUCCUGAAUCCGGAUUCCUCCCUGGGCGCCGCCAUCGACCCCGUCGAGCAGGCGCGCGGGAAGCCCGUCCCCUCGGCUCGGUUCAAUAUCACAGAGAAUGGGGCCACCUGCGAUGGACGGUUCAAUACUUGGCGCUGGAGUAAGGAGGAUCAGAAGCGGUUGCUGAAGAAGGGCCAGGAGAUCGAGGUCGAUCCCGAGGCCCCGUGUCCGCGCGGCAAGCGGCUCGAUUAUAUCUUUGUUGGAGAUGGAAGUGGUGGUGGGUUGCGGUCUCCGUCAGUCCCAGCAUGGACCGUCAAGUCGGUCCAGUUGAGUAUGAUGGAGCGCCAUCCGACGCUGCGAUGCUCGCUGAGCGAUCACUUCGCGGUGGAGGCGGUCAUCACGCGCGAGGAGGCGCAGGAGCAGUCUGCUAAGCUGGAGGCUGAAGGGAGUAGCGCUGCUGCCGCUGCUCCGGCUGCUGAUGGCUCGUCACUCGCUCCCAACACCACUCUCGAGCCAGAGACCUAUGACCGGAUCAUUGAGAUGAUCAACAAGUAUGUUCAGCGGGAACGCUCGCAGCGACGCUGGCGACUCGCACACUUUGUCGCCUCCGUGUUUGUGUCGAUCGGCUGUAUGGUGGGCGUUUGGUGGACAGGCGACCACCUUCCGUAUGUGGCCUUCAUCCUGCUGUUCGUGAGCACGUUGAACUUUGGCGCGGGAAUCUUGGAUGGGUUGAUUGGGGGCUUGUUUAUGUCCAGCGAGCUGCGCGCGCUGAAGGAGUUUGAGUGGGAGGUUCGGAACGCGAAGCAGAUCGCCGAGGCGGCUGCCGCCGGUGGGACGUCGAAGAGGACGGGAUGAGCUUGUAUGAUUGUCCGUAUAAUAUGUGUGGUCUGUGUAUAUAAGUUAAUGUUUAUUAGGCUGAGAUCGAUGAGAUGAUCAAGUUCUUCGCAUGCAUGAUAUGCU